AUGCCCUCACAAGAAGUAGGUACCCCAAUACCUAAUAUUCCACAUGCAGUAUCUGUGACAUUACCAACAUGGGAAGCAACUGUAGCAUAUGAAGAAGGAGAAGAAUGGGUCACAUCCAAAAUGAAUUCAGGCUAUCCAAGAUUUUUCAUUCAUCAAUCAAUUCAAAAAUUAUGCAAAAAAUUAGAACAUAAAUAUGGUAGACAAGGUGAAAAAUGUUUAGUAUUUCCUAGCUAUAAAGUUGCUAAAAGGUGUAGAGAAUUCAUAAAAAAUCAUUCUGAAGAAAAAGUUAAUAUUAGAGUUUUACAAUUAAGUACAAAUGAUCCAGUUACUGAUUCUGAAAAAUCAACAAAAAUAGGAACGACGAUUGGAGUUGUGUUUUUCCCACAACAUCUGUAUCCAUUAGCCAAAAAUUAUUGGCAACAUUCUGGUGAAGGAAUUAGUUCUCGUAUGGGUGAAUAUAUUUUAAAAGAAUUAUUUGAAAAAGAUAAAGAUGUAAUUGGAUUAAGAGGUAAUUUAAAACAAGAAUUACAAGCUCAAAAAAUUCAAUUAAGAUCACCAUCAAUUACAGCAUCAAGAGCAAGUGGUUCAGGGGUUAAUGAAGAUGUUGAAAAAGAAUUUAAUACAUUUAUUGAACAAAAAUAUGGGAGAGUAUUAGAUUUUAAAUUUGCAAAACAAGCCAAAAGAGCUAUACGUAGACGAAUAAGUGGAGAACUAGAACAAGGUUGUAAUCAUACUGGACUGAGAUUAUUAAAUGAGUCUGAUGUAUAUUUAUUUCCAUCUGGUAUGGCAUCUGUCUUUUAUGCACAUCAUUCAUUAUUAAAUGUGGUGGAAAAUCCACAAAAAUCUGUAUGUUUUGGUUUCCCAUAUGUUGAUACAUUAAACAUUUUGAAAAAAUUUGGACCUGGUGUUAUAUUUUUGGGAUUCGGUGACGAUGAGUCGUUAAUUCAAUUGGAACAAGACUUAAAAGAUGGUUUAAAAAUAAUGGCAUUAUUUUGUGAAUGUCCCUCCAAUCCAUUAUUAAAGACUCCAAAUUUGAAAAAAAUAAAAGAACUAAGUAAUAAAUAUGAUUUUGCAAUAGUUGUUGAUGAAACCGUUGGUAAUUUUUUAAAUAUUCAUGUAUUACCAUUUGCAGAUUUGGUUGCAUCUUCACUAACAAAAGUUUUUUCUGGUGAUUCUAAUGUUUUAGCUGGUUCACUUAUAUUGAACCCAUCAUCAAAAUAUUAUACCAAACUAAAAAAAUUCUUUGAUGAAGAAUAUGAAGAUUUAUUUUGGGUGGAAGAUGCAUUAUGGCUAGAACGUAAUUCAAGAGAUUUCGUACAACGUGUACAUAAAAUAGAUGAAACGUCAUCAAAAGUAGUAGAUUUAUUAUCAACACAUUCCAAAAUAUCAAAAGUUUAUUAUCCAAGUAUUUCUACUACUAAAAAGUAUUAUGAUGAAAUUAAAAAUCAAGAUGGUGGUUAUGGUGGUUUAAUUUCGUUUUUAUUUCAUGAACCAGAAGAAGCUAUUAAAUUUUUCAAUGCAGUUAAUUUACAUAAAGGACCAUCAUUAGGUACAAAUUUUACAUUAGCUUGUCCAUAUGCUAUAUUAGCUCAUUAUCAAGAAUUAGAUGAAAUUGAAAAAUGGGAAGUUGAUAGAAAUUUAAUUAGAAUAAGUAUUGGUUUAGAAGAUUGUGAUGAAUUGUUAGAUGUCAUAAAAAAGUCAUUAGAUUAA